AUGCGGAUGUGCCCGAUUCGUUACGUCAUCGUCGUCGUCUGCCUGCGCUCCUACGCGGGCGGCGGAGACGUGUACCGCGGGACCUCCCUGCACCGCGAGAACCGACGCCUCUUGGGCAUCACCCCCUUCAAGAUCGUCGAGGCCCUGCCCGGUACAGGUCCCAUGACCACCGUCCGCUGCCUCGUCUCCUGCUCCAAAGAGUGGCAGUGUCGGGCUUAUCAACACUGUCCGAACCUGGGGCAAUGCCAGCUCCUGCCCGAGAGACUCUGCGACUCCCCCAAUUAUCGCCUCGAUCCGGAUCCCGAUUGCUCUUAUUUCGACUACUACGUCAAUUCGAAGCUGACCUACGUACGCUUGAAUCGGGGAGCCCCCUCUACUCGACCACAGCUUGCACAGAGAAGGGCAGAUGCAGCUGGAACUGCGGUCGGUCCACUCCCAUCCGACCUUCCCUCUCGUUCCCUCUUCGCUCAUUUCGUUCUUCUUCUACCAGGCCUGUUGCUGGGGCAGACGUGCACGGUGAACGAGGAGUGCCUGAUGUUGCGGGAGGAAACGAGAUACGUGAACGGUGUCUGCACCUGUCAACCUGAUCCGGAUUUUUGGCAUUAUCCCUUCGUCACAUCCUCUCCCUUUUGCAUCCGCUGGCUGAAUAACGAGACCCUCCACCUGAGUGAAAACGCGACCGUGAACGCGACGCUGGGGAGCAACAGAUUCCGGCUGGACGUGAUGAGACGCGACGCCGCCGGACUGAACGUGACCUUGCCCACGUCGAAGGCGAGCACCCUGGUCCUCAUCUCGAUCGGGCCCGACGCCAUCACCCUCUGCAAUGUCCCCAGUGGCCUCUCUGGGGUUCCCUACGGCUGCCUCUCCUAUCAGAGCACGGAAAUCUCCCCAUUGGGGCUGUGGAAGACCUUCUACGUGAAGGUGUCGGGGACCCAGGUGAUCAUUUGCUGCCAGUGGUGGCGGAACGAAGUUGCCUGGUUGGACUACAUCAGCUGGUACUCGACGCUGGGAGUGGUCACCGACUACGGGCUCUUCGAGGGGUCGGACGCGGACGCGCGCGUCCGGCCUGGCAGGCAGCAAUGGACGGCGACGUGUCCCCCGGAUUUCCAGUGGGUCCCAGAAGCAGGGAACUGCUACCUCGCUUCACCGGACCUCGUAUUCCAGACGUGGACCGAGGCUGCCCUCUACUGCAUGCAACGAUCGUCCACCCUCGUCUCCCUGAACGACACGACCCCUCAAGUGGACAUGGCCCGAGUCUUUUCCCUCGCAGGGGCACGGAGCUCCACACUCUCUCGCUCCGUCUGCAUUCGUUCGAGCGCUGCUUUGGGAAAGGAGUCCGUGACGAUUACGGAUACUGGACAACGUCGGACCGUCAAGGGCCGCCUGCCUCCCCGCACCGGCCACUGCACCCACACCUUCUGCGACCACUUGGGGAGCCGGGAGCACAGGAAGGUGCGCUUCUGCUCAGCGGAGGAGCAGGCCUUCACCGGCUCCACGGCAGACUUCUCUUCCAACGCCCUCGUCCUCGAUUGCACGGUGACGGCUUGCCGUUGGACGAACUCGAUGGUGGGACCCACGGUGAACAUGACUCUCGUGUCAUGGAAUCCCUUGCAGUCUCUCGGACUCUCUCCUAACACCUAUCGGCCCUUUUACGUGACGUGGAGCGAGGGCCGAGCGAUAUCGGGGUCGCUGCUCUGCGAGAAGGGGCCCCCUCUGGACAGGAAGGGGCCGCUCCGCCUGCAAGGGAAGGGGCCAGGGCCUAAGCAGCCCAAGAGGAGGAUGCUGAUGUGCCUCUAG